CACACAAAACAAGGAAGCGGUGGUGGUGUUUUGGAGAAAAUAUUCUUCCGCAUUAACACCACAUAUAUACCUGAUAGAUUUAUCGAAUCAGUUGUCAUUAAAGGCUUAUGACUUAUUAUAAAAUCACAUUUGACUAGGGUGUGUUGUAAUGAUGCGAUGCUGACUAAUAGUCAUGUGACAGGUUCUCGCUGACCCAGCCAGCAGCCUCGUCACUCGGCCUUACUCCUUGUUCAAACAUCUGAAGGCUGCAGACAUGGCCCGGCUAAGGUUGUUGUCUGGCACAUUUUUCCUCGCUGUGGUGAUAUCCACCACGUUGAGCAAUGAAUUUCCUUGCACAUUGGUGGUGGAACAACGGGAAUACGACUUGAGCAGUCUGGCCACCGUGGACCACUAUCAAGUGAAAGUGAUUAAUGCUUAUGGCAAUGACACUGUGAUUUAUCUAAGUGUGUGCCAUCCUCUCAGGAAUGCCCCAAGUGGCUGUUCUGGUAAUUAUACUGCUGUGUGUAUCGGUGAAGUAUCUAGUGAAAACACCACUACAAUCACUGUGCCUAACGCUGGGCGAGUGAUCCAGACGUUACCUACUCUGACCAACAAUAGUCUAUUCAGAUUUCACGGACAAAUGGUGGAGUAUGUGAUGGAUGGUGGGAAUUCAUGUCCUGAAGCAGGAAUCGGGUAUCGUACCAGCAUCAACUUCAUAUGUAGCCAGGAGGAAGAGACUGGUCCAGUACUUAUGAGCUUCACCAGGUGCCAGAUCCAAUUUGGUUGGAUGACACAGGCUGCUUGUCCACGCCGUUUGGAUGUGGUCACUGACACCCCAUGCUCCAUACAGUUUCCUUCCUCUGCCCACAAGUUACACUUACAAACCUUGCGUGCUGAAACAUUUUUCUCAGCAUCCUCUGUUCAACCCAAUGCAGAGUAUGAGAUCAACAUCUGUGGUCCUGUUUUGAAUGGGUCUUGCAAUGGCAAAGGUGUGGCUCUGUGUCACCACCCGGAGGGCAGAAAUCCUGAGGUCAUGGCCACCACGCAAGGCAUGAAUGUUAGGUGGGAAGAACACGAGACCCUUAUUCUGACCUACCAAGCAUCUGAGCAGGGAAAGAAUGUGGAAGUUAUGUUUAGAUGUGACCGUGGUACUGCCAAGACCGAAGUCGACUAUAUAUCACAGAAUGACACGAUUAUGUCCUUUGGUGUACGAACAUCUGCAGUAUGCCCUCCAUCUCCUUAUCCAAGCUGUGUGCUGGAGGGCAAUGAUGGCAGUGUGUAUGACUUGCGGCCUCUCCACAGGGCGCAAGGUAACUGGGAGGUGCUUCAGUCGACUGAUGAUGACCAGGAGAUUUUGUACUUCCUCAAUAUAUGUGGACCAGUAAACCCUGGUAGGCAGUACACAUGUCCUUCAGGUGUUCUUGGGGCAUGCAUGGCUGGAGUAAGUGAACAUUCUGCUUAUAAUCUAGGCCUCCUGAACUCUGAACCAACAAUCAACACCAAAGACCACUCCAUCACUGUCAUCUACAAUGGAGGUGAACCUUGUAAGGGAGGCCAGCAUAGCUACUCCACCAGAAUCAACCUGAUUUGUAGCCAUAAUGAACAUGGUCCAGUCCUAGUGAAAGAAACUGAAACUUGUGAGCAUGUUUUUGAUUGGCUGACCCCAGUGGCAUGUCCACGCCACUUAAAGAAUGGGAAUGAUUGCCAAGUUAAAGAUCCUCUAUAUGGUAAUGUCUAUGACCUCAAUCCAUUAAGAAAUAUUCACAAAGAUUAUAGAGUGAUUGGUGAGGGAGAUGAGUUUUUCAUCAACGUGUGUGGUCCACUAGUAUCUUCCUGUGAGGGUCAAAAUGGUACCUCAGGAGUAUGUCAGAUCACUAAUGGUCAACAGUUUAGUGCAGGACUUUAUACAACUCAAGUAACCUUCAAUGAUGGAACUUUAAUUGUAGAAUACACAAAUGGAACAAGUGGUUGCCAGGGUAAUGUCUCUAGAUCCUCACAGAUAAUCUUUCUCUGUGACCAUGAAAUAAGUGGCAGAGAUGGCCCCAAAUAUUUGAGAGAAAGUGGAUGUUCAAACAAGUUUUUCUGGAAAACAAAGUUUUCCUGUCCCUCAUUCCAUGUUGUUGACUGCACUCUGUACACUGCAGAUGGAACGAUGUACAACCUUCAAGAAUUGUCUUCAUCUUCCUCAAACCUUGAAUACUAUACAGCAGAUGAUAAAAAGUUUGUACUGAAUGUGUGCAGGUCUGUGGUGCACCAAAAAGGCAGCAGGUGUGCAUACAGAGCAGGGGCAUGCAUUGUAGAUCGCACUCACCACAACGAUUCUGUAAAUAUUGGAGAGGUGCAAAGUGGACUCUAUCUUGAAGAUGGAAGACUCAUGAUAAAAUAUUCAGGAGGUGACCAAUGUGUUGGGCAUGAACAGUUAUACCAAACUGUCAUCGAGUUAAAAUGUGAUGAAGAUGAAACCUACCCUAUCCCACAGUUGAUUGGUAAAGAAAACUGUACUUAUUAUUUUGAGAUUAAAAGUGCAGCAGCUUGCCCAAUAUCCAUGAAAAAUAACAGUAUGCCUCUGGUUGGAAAAGACUGUGCUGUCAAAAGCCCCAGUGGUUAUGUUUUUGAUCUCAGUUCUUUAAAACAAAAAACUGACUUUGAAAUCAAGGACAGCCAAAAUGCCACAUUGACUCUUAAUGUCUGUGGAGCUUUAAAUAAUCCAGAAUGUCCAGGAGAAGGUGUUGGUAUCUGUAGCAAUGGUGUUAGUGCUGGUCAGGCAAAUGCUAAUCUUUACUACCUUCCUGAGCACCUCUCUCUACACUACACUGGGGGAGAGCAAUGCCAUAGUAAUAUAAAACGCUCCACCAUUAUCACUUUUGUGUGUGGUGCUGAAAAUGUGACAGAAGGUCCUGUCUUGGUCUUUGAUGAUAAUUACUUCUGUAUGUACUUCAUUACUUGGUACACUGAAUUAGCUUGUGAAAAGAGGAUACCAUGCUUUGUGGAUACCUGGACCCACCGUAUUGAUCUCUCUCCACUCAUCAAGUCAACUGACAAUUAUGAAACUGUCAACCCGGAAAAUCCCAAGGAAAAAUUUUACCUCAAUGUAUGUAGACCAUUGAAUCCCAUUGUUGGUCUUAACUGUCGGCCAGGAUCUGCUGUGUGUCUUUUCAAACCAGGUCUACAUGGAAACAAUCCUCUCAGCCUUGGCCAUCCCAAUACAAUGCCAGUAUCUAACAACAAUGGUGCCAAUAUUAUGUACACACAUGGAGCCAAGUGUACCACUGAACCUGACUACAAUCUAUCUUCAAUGAUACACUUCAUAUGUGAUCCAAGUGCAGGCAAGGGAAAGCCAGUGUUCAAGAUGACACAUGACUGUCAGUACCAGUUUGAGUGGCGCACAUCAGUGGCAUGCGAUAUAUUGUUCAAGGAAGAAGAUUCUGGUCCACAGUGUCAAAUCAGAUAUGAUCAAGCUAAAGCAAACAUUGAUCUGAAACCUUUGUAUCGCCCUGAAGGGUAUCAUGUGCAGUUUGGAAGCAAAACUUUCACUGUAAAUGUUUGUGGUACAGCAUGCAACAAUUCAGGUAGCUGCUCUUCUGAUGGCAAUAGUUAUGGCUUGAGCAACAAGUCCGAACUUUACUGGUAUCAUGGUCAACUCAUACUUAAGUAUUUUGGUGGUAGUCAGUGUGUUGGAUCUAUUUCUGGGCAUAAAACCACUACUGUAUACUUUGAAUGUGAAAUGAGUGCAGGUUUCGGUGUGCCAGUUCCUGAUGAUCUGAUGGAAUCUCUGGAAUGUCAAGCCAUUUUUAACUGGAAAACAAAUGUGACGUGUAUUGAAGGUAUUUAUGCUACAGAAGACACACCUACAAGCACAUCUUCAUCAAAUAGCACUGCAGGACAGAAUAUCUCUUCCAAAGAUUCACUUACAGACAACACUACUACAACCCACUCUAGUGUAACUGCUGUCAUUGGAACUAUUUUGGUUGUGUGUGGUUUGGUGCUUGUGGUGGCUUUAGUCCUUAUCAAAUCACGGCAUGGGAAUCGUAUUGUGGCUGCCACUCGUAGACUGUUUGGAAUUCAUGGGUAUGGUCAUGCCCGUCAGUCCCAAAUUGAAAAUUCCACCUUAUUAGGAGAAACAAAUUCAAUUAGGAUUUUCAGGAGAGAUGACAGUGAUGAUGACAUGCUCAGAGUGUAGAUAUUCUAGCAGUCAUAUUCCUUGGUAUGCUAGUCAUUUGCAAUGACCAAAGUAGUGUAAUGGUGUGCAGUUUGUUAUUACACUUAGUUUUUGUAUGAAGUGAUAAUUGGAGUUGCUGUGUUUGGUGAUAUUAUUGUAUUUCAAUGUUAUAUAAGUUACACUUAUUCAGAUGCAGUGAAAUUAAUUUUUAUUUUUUUUAUUUAAUUUUAUUUUCCCAAAAGAAUGGUACUUUAUCUAGCUAAUUUAAUUGGAACAACUUUGUGAAAAUAUCUUAUUGGGCUCAGCAAAGACAAAUAUUUAGAUAAUUCUCAAGGAAUUAUAUCCAGUAUUAUUAGAUACUUAUACAUCUUUGUAAAUAACUAGAUUGAUUGAUAAACCUGGAGAUCAUGCUUACUAUAAAAUUGUAUUUCUAAAUAUAUGGUGAGCUGAACACUUAUUCUGUUGUUUUCAAGGGAAUUCUGUACACUACUAGUCAUAUCAAAAGUAAUGUUUUACUAAUUUAUAUGUAAUUAAUUUAUGGAGUUUGCAAUAUAAAUUUUGGUAUGCAGAGUAUGUAGAAGUAUUGUAACAACUAAAUCAUCUGCAAUUUCAGGUGUGAAACUAGAUUUUUUAAAAACUAUUUUCUUCACACUUUACAUCUUGUAGAUCUGUUAGAGUGGUGUACAGUUAUGUGAUAGGCUUACAGGCAAGAAGACCUUGAUUCAAUAUCCAUAUCUAAUAGAAAAAAAGAUGCCAUUAGGUCAUAUGAUGUGGUAUCUGACUUAUCCUUAUAACCAUUCAGUGCAGCCAGUUUUCAGCUGUGAACUUGCAUAGCCUAAUGGCAAGUGAUAAUGUUCAGAAAAAAAUGUUGCUAAAAUUAGUUUCAUUUAAUGUUGUGCCAUUUCUCAAGUGUUGUGACUAUAACUGUCAACAUCAUACUUGGAAAUGUAUGCUGUGAUUACAGUUUUCACUAUUUGAUAAAUAACUUAAAUGAUCACACACACACACACACACACACACACACGUCAAUUUAGAAUUAGAUACAUUCCAAGAGAUGUUCCUUUUAAUCCAUUUCACAUUCACUUGAUAUGUUUGUUUAGUGAAUAACUAAAUCUGGUUCUUGAAAGGAACUUGAAGCAUCAGUAUUAAGUAAAUAUAAUGUAAUAAUCUGUUGUUUCCAUUUUCAUUUUGAAGUGGCCUUCCUCUUCAUACAAAGUGUAAGUCAAGAAAACUGAAUAAAUAGAAGAAAAAAUCAAAUACCUUCCGGUGAUAUUUUAACACAUUUUUUGUUGACAUCUUUAUGAUUUAAAUUUUUUGUGUUACACGUGUAUAUGCAAACAUUCAUUUUGUAAUUCUGUAUAUGAAAAUGUUAUGUGAAUUUCUUGACUGUCUGUUUGGAGGAUUAAAAGAUCAUCUGAUACUGAGAUGCUAAUUAGUGCUAAGCUUAUAUACUACUACCAUGAAGUAAUAUGCCAAGAAAAAUGUGAUGGCAUACACACUAUUUUCUUUUCAAUCCAAUUAUUUUGUGCUUUACUGUUAAUGAAUUUUCUAUUUCAUGAGAGGAAAUAAUAGAGCUAUCAUUGUAUAUACUUUGCAUUUUAGUUCAGUCAGAAUAUUAACAAAAUAACAUAGAGAAACAUUUAGCAGCAGGCAGGAGAAACUACCAAAAUGGUCAAGAUUAGAUCCUUCACAAAACUGGUGAGUCAUUAAUGAUUUUUACAUCAUUAUUAACCUGUCAUAUAAAGUUUGUUAGAGCACAAAACAAUGAAGGUAAUAUAUACAAAGAUGCAAGCCUGUGUUGCAUACUGUAAUGAAAAACACAUAUAAUUAAUUUUGAUAUUUUUAACGUAAGAUCAGUAUGAAGAGGGAAUAUCCCCAAAUUAUAGUAGAAUCAAUAAUAUAAUAGAAAUUUAGAUGUUAGUCUUUCAAAAAAAAUUUCAGUUAACUAAUCUGGAAGAGAAAAAUAAUGAAAGUAGCAUAAAGGAAGGAUGGUUCCACAUGCAUAAGAAUACUGAAGAAAGAGGGAAACAAAUAAGAUAUAAAGGCUACAGGGAUUUCAUAUUGGAAAAGAGCAGUAGUUUUAGCAUAAUCCAAAUGGAGACAAGUAAAGGCUGUUUCCUUCACCUAACUAUGUGAUACAUGCCACACCAUGACAAAGUAGUUCGUGGGUUUAUUCCACAAAUUAUGGCCAUACCUGUGUAAAAAAUAAAUAAAUAGUAAUAAUACUAACUAGAAAAUAUCAGAGAAUAGGAAUGACACUUAAGAUUCUGUUGUAUAGCAAAUGAUCUGGAUCUUAGUAUGCAGCAACAUGCAUGAAACAACAUAGCACAGGCAGUCAACUUUUACUUCAAAAUUAUGGCUCAAUAUCAAAUCAAAGGAGAAAAUUAGAGAUUGAAAAGCAUGUUUUUUUUUUUUUUUUUUUUUUUUUUUUCCUGCAGACUCAAUAGUGAGUUAUAAAGGCACCAAAAACUAGAUAUUGUAUAAGUGAGUGUAAAGCAGAGUAACUGUAAUCUAACUUAGAAAGAGAUAAAUAUACAUGGAGACUGUGCCCAAAGAAACAUGAAUAAAGAUUGGGACAUUGGCCUUUCAAAACAUAAAACUUAAAGGAAGAAUGUAUUUUUCUAGACUGGUUUCUUCUUAUAGAAGAAGUUGUAAAAUUAUUCCAGCAAAAUUUACCUUACCUCACUGAAAGAUGAUUUUAUACUAAAACACAAUGGUUAGUUCCAGCAGUCACUUGAAAAUUGCUAAACUUCAUUAACAGAGAGCACAAACAUCAUGUAUGACAAAUAUAAUUUCUACAAAGCACCAUGUCUCUUAGCAUACUGCUUCAUAACAGCUGCUUAUCUCAUAUGAGAGAUUAAGUUUACAUCAGUUUCCUGUUUGUCAGAGUGAACAUCCAAAGAAAAUAUGUAUUUCACUUUGUAUAGCACACACACACACACACACACACACACACACACACACACACACACACACACACACACUGUAACAAGUUUCUUUGGUUAUUGCUAGAGGUGAAGGUACAAGUUAUUCUAAGUAGAUACCUCAAUACACAUAAUUAUACAUUUUCAGACGUUUAGCCAUGAGAUGAAAUUUGAAUGAACGAUCAGCCUGGUAUCUUGGUGGGUGUAUUGACAUAGGGUGUCCAGUGGUGAAAUUGUGAGUCAUUUAGCUUUCAUGUAUACAUGUUUAGAGGUAUUACAGUAUGCUGAGAUGAGUUUUAUUAAUGGACUGGUGAUUUACUGCUAAACAUUACACAAUGAUAGCAUGGCUGUAAUUAAUGAUGAAUAAAUUAACAAGCUCAAUCUUAAAUAAAUAAAGUCAUAAGAUUAGAUAAAUAAAUAAUGAUAAGCCUUGCCUUGCCUGCCUGGGCACAUAGGGUGAAGGAGUGAGAUACAGUAAAUCAGCUAAUUGCGGGCCAAUCACUUACAAUUUCAAAUCAAGACGGUAAUGAACAUGAUUUUUGAGGAAAAAUCUUGGAAAUGGCAUGCAUUUCUAGCAGGGUGGAGUAUGUGGACAUAGUGUUUAUAUGACAUGAAGAUCUGCCAGGGCCAGUUCUUUUAUCAGUUGGCCGGCCAGACUUGAAUUUUGUCCAGUGGUUUAACAACACCUCAAAAUGCAUAUGUCUAUAGAAUAUUUUCCACCUACAAUAACCUUUACUUUUGCCUCUAGUGAUAUCCACAGAAGCUUGUGUUAGAUUACCCCCCUCCCCCCAACACACAUGUAAAUAUGUACUGUAUAUACUCAAGUACGAGUAAUAAUCAAUCUAUUGCAAAACCUUGGCUUAGGUUUUUUCACAGUUGUUUUAACCCAUGUGACACAUGUGAAUUUUUAAACCAUAUUUAUCUGUAAACAAUACUGGGAAACAAAAAUAAUACAUGAGUGAUACUUUAUGUAUUGAUUUCACUAUAAUCACUGGAUUCUUGAAGGAGCAUGUGAUUGCAUUUCCCAGAAAUCAUUAAAAUUUUAACAAAAUACUACCAAUUUGUUUAUCUAAGGCAUUCAGUUGGUGAUAGUAGUAUAUUACUGACAUCUGUUUAUACAAGUUAUUUACAUUGUCUGUUUCAAUAAUGUUUUAAAGUAUGUGACUCAAACAAAGGCAAAAAUGUAAUGGGCAAAAACUUGUGAUGCAAUAUUGAUGUCUGUGUACAAUAUUAUGGUAGUUACAGUAACAUAGAUUUCAAUCACUAAAAUGUAAUUUUCACAUAAAAGUUGAUCUCAUACACUUAUAUCUAAAAUUGGUCUCAAAGUACUGACCUAAUUUCAAAUAUAUACAGCAUGUAUGUUAUCACCACUUACCUAUUAUACACCAUUGCUUAUUGUUUAUCCAUUAUGUUUGAGAAUUAUGUAAAGCUUCAUUUAAUGUAAACUAUUCUGUUAUUUGAAUAUGUACAAUAUACAGACCAUAUAUACCACAAAAUAUGCUGCAAUAGGUAAACAUAGGAAUAAUAAAGAAAGAGGGCGAGAGAAUAAUUUCAAGGAAAUCACAUAAUUGCAUAUACUGUAUAUUAUAUUGCUGGAGUUCUCUCUCUCUCUCUCUCUCUCUCUCUCUCUCUCUCUUCCUUUUUUAAUUGAAGUUGUGUUUUAAUCUUUGUUCUCAAAGGUAUCUUUUGUUUGAGUAAUGUCCAUUUAAAAAAUAAUUUUGAUUAAUAUCAUUAUACUAUAACUCGGUAUGAUAUUAAUUAAAAGUUACUGCACUAAUUUUAAGUUAGAAUUUUCUAGUUCCACAUUCAGACAUCAGCAGGUCUACCACCAAUGGUCAAUCCUAGCUAUUUCUUAUAAUUUUCUGUAACAUGUGACUAACAGUUUACUCAUUCUGUUGCUGAUACCAUUUAAUUAAACACAAGGUCAAUUUUGA